GUUGCUGCCGCCAGCAGUGGAAUGAUUUGGUUGUAACCACUUCCUCAUACCCAUCCAGGACCUACGUAACAUGGAUCCAGAGGAUUGCUCAUCCCUCUUGGCACCCACUGCUGAGCAGUUGGCAGCAGUGAAGGUUUUUCCGUUGAUAAUUUCCCUGAAAAGCGACAUUUUGAAACAAUUGGACGCUGCACUGAGCUGGGAUCAAUUAACGGCCUCUGAUAUCAACUUUGCUGUCGUUCGACCUAUCGUUUUCAAAUAUUCCAAGCUACAAAAUAUGGCUGUCGUAUAUGCGUGUCUGGUUGUCCGGUCGUACUUCUUGAACGAAGCCGAAGAAGAUCUGGCUUAUUCUGGCCUUAUGCAAUCCCGUGCCAUGUUCUGUGAAAUCCUGGCCAUAAAACUUCUCAACAACUUUGCUAACAAUUACAUUCAAUUGGUUGCGGUCCUCACCACCACUUGGAACCCUCUUGCCGGGGCUCCUUCAGACAUCGUCGACGAAGUUCGGCAAGUCCUAGGUGGAGAUGAUGAUGAUCUUAACUCCCCGCAAAGUGCUCUCGAGAUGGCGAUAUCGUCCGAAUCCAAGCAUUUCCUUUCUUGUCCUGUCUCACAGAAGGUCGUUAACGACAUCUAUUCUGGACGCGUCGUAUUCUCGACUGCUGCCCACAGAUCUGUCUUAGCUGACAACUACAAAUCGCGCGCAAUCGAGGUAUACGAUUGCCGUAAGGCACCAUUCCUGGAUCAUUAUCGGCUUCGUGUCCCACGCUAUGGGAGUAUACUAGAGUUUCUGAAUUUUGCCGUUCUCUUGUGCACCUUUAUUCUCUGCCUUACCUAUCAGGACUUGAACGUGGUCACUGGCUGGGAGAUUGCAUUUUGUGUAUGUGCCGCUGCCUUUGUUCUAGAAGAAUAUACUGCCGCGACAGAACAUGGAUGGAGUAUCUACAUUGCCAACACGUGGAACGCAUUCGAUUUUUCCUUCAUUCUGAUCUUCCUUAUCUAUCUCGGCCUAAGGAUUCGAGGGAUUGCUCAGGGAAACCCUGACUACUCCGAUACGGCAUUCGACGUGCUUGCAUGUGGAGCAUGCAUACUGAUUCCCCGGUUGGCGUUCUUUGCAGUUUCUAACAAUGUCGUUGUCCUAUCUCUGCGAGAAAUGAUAUCACAGUUCGUCUUCUUCAUCGGAAUUGCAGCAAUCUGUUUCUCCGGCCUGUUGUUCACGCUUUGGAGACUUGGAAAUGGAACUUGGUCAGUCAAAAGAAUCGCUUGGCUCAUGGUACAGAUAUGGUUCGGUAACACGUACUUGAGCUUUGGUCAGGCUGAGAGCUUCCAUCCAUUGUUCGGACCGAUCCUUAUGACAAGCUUUGCGGCACUGUCGAACACUCUCCUAUUGACAAUUCUCAUUUCGAUCUUGUCCAAUACCGUGGCAAGAAUUGAUGCAAAUGCCACACAGGAGUACCUAUUCCAAUAUGCGAUAUCUACUAUUGAAGGCGUCCAAUCCGAUGCUCUCUUUUCUUAUCAGCCUCCUUUCAACAUUCUCGCCUUCAUCAUCCUCAAACCGGCCAGCUGGUUCCUCAGCCCCCGCGCUCUUCACACCACCAAUGUCUUCCUCACCAGAGUCACCAGCUUUCCCAUCCUUGUCGUCAUAGGUGUCUACGAACGAUACUUCGCUUCAGGGCAGCGCUUUCGUGAAUCGGGUAAAGGUGCUGCGCAAACAUUAUUCAGCAGUCUUCCCCGUCACAUCAAGAACAUGCCCAUUGUCGAAGCUAUCGUCGGGUCCACAUCGAAUGACUUGUACGAAGCUAUCUUUGAGGUUGACGCGGAGCGCGAUUUGCAUUUGUUCGAUGAAGAGGAGGAGGAGCUACCUCACCUGCGAUCAGUGCAUUCACAGGAGAAUUUACUUUCGGAUGCUGAAAGUAGGAAGAGGCGUCAGUCGAGUGUAAGGCGGCCCCCAAGCGCGAUGUCGGGUCCGAAGAGACUAUCACCUCAGAGUUCGCCCCGGACGCCCAGGGCCAGGAAUCUAGAUCUCCUCUCGGCUGAAGUGCAGUCUUCUCUGGGCUCAUUGAACCCAUUGCAGCAACUGUUCGGUCGGCCUUCUGAUAGUCCUCAAGUGGAAGCAGCUGUGAAGAAGGUGGAGGCUUUAGUGGAUGACCUGCGCAAUCUGCCUGUUCAUAAAUUGAGCGAUGAGAUGAGGGAACUACAGGAACGCCAAGCGAGGAUCGAGAGCUUACUGCUGAUGCUCACCAGAGGCAUGAGAAACGAAACAGCGAGCACGGUGUCAUGAACUUCUUAACGAUGGAUAAUAUCUGGACUAUUCGACUGCAUCUGCUUUGGACAUCUAUCUACUUACAGACGGUUUUGAUCAUACAUGAUACCCUAACGUCCGACUGACCUUACGCUACUUGUUGGCUAUCAGCACGUUGUUCCCAUUGUCUUGUUUUGAAAGUCAAGUGCUCACUUCCAACAUUACCUUGGCCCAGAAAAGAGAUGUGGUAGUAUAUACUAGGACAUUACGAUCGGAAUUUAUACCUUAAAACUGCAUCCUGUACUUCGCGCUCCCUUGGAAUGCUGCUAAACCGCUGACUGUAUAGGAAUUAUGAUAAAAUAGGACUCGAUAGGAUCCGCCUGCUGUUAUAGAACGUCAGUGUCGACUAUGC